GAGAAGAGAAGGGGUCAAAUUCAGAUAGCAAUAGUCAUAAAUUUCACACAAAAAGGGUCAAAACAGACAAAGCAGCCGAAGGAGAAGAAAUUUCCCUUUCAACAAUCAGCGUUUAGCUACAGCAACGCCCCAAUCCACCAGCACAACCACCGCACGCGGUGGCGCGUGAACCAGUUGCUGGGCACCUCUCCAUGUGCUGACGACGGUAACCGGCCGGAGAGGUGAUGGGUCAGGGCUUGAGCUGCGGCGAACGCCUUGAAAAUGGGCUGUUCCGAGCUGUGCAGAAUGGGGAUUUGGAGCUUGUUGAGACUAUGGUAAAAGCUGAUCCAACUGUCUUGGAACAGACCACUCCUCGUUCGAGGAUGUCUGCUCUGCACAUCGCAGCUGCUUAUGGUCAGAUCGAGAUUCUUUCUUUCCUCUUGGAUCGGUCUGUGAAUCCCGAUGUGUUGAAUCGCAACAAACAGACUCCAUUAAUGCUGGCUACAAUGAAUGGGAAGAUAUCCUGUGUGCAGAAACUUAUUGAAGCAGGAGCAAACAUUCUUAUGUUUGAUUCUCUAAAUCGCCGAACCUGCCUGCAUUAUGCUGCUUAUUAUGGUCACUCAGAUUGCUUAGAAGCCAUAAUUUCUGCUGCCCAUUCAGCUCCAGUUGCAGCCACUUGGGGAUUUAUCAGAUACGUGAACAUUCGAGAUGGAGGAGGUGCCACUCCAUUGCAUAUAGCUGCACGUCGAAGACAGCCACAGUGCAUCCAGAUCCUUUUGGCAAAUGGAGCUCUUGUUUGUGCUUUAACUUGUACUUAUGGCUAUCCAGGGAGUUCGCCUCUUCAUCUAGCUUCUAGAAGUGGUUCUUUAGAAUGUGUUCGAGAAUUGCUUGCGUGGGGAGCAGAAAGAUUACAAGUGGAUUCAGCUGGGAGAAUACCUUACACGGUUGCUAUGAAGCGCAAGAAUUGGAUGUGUGCUGCCUUGCUUAAUCCUGCAGCAGCAGAACCUCUUGUCUGGCCAUCAAAACUGAAAUUCAUCAAUGAGCUAAAUCAAGAGGCAAAAGCUCUGCUAGAGAGGGCCUUGGUGGAAGCAAACAUGGAGAGAGAGAAGGCCAUUUUGAAGGAGAAUUCCUACUCACCUCCAUCUCCUUUACAAUCUGAUGUUGAGUUCGAUGAUGCAGAAUCUGAGGGGUGCGAUCUCGAGUUAUGCUGCAUAUGCUUUGAGCAGGCCUGCACUUUAGAGGUUGAUCCUUGUGGUCAUCAAAUGUGUGCCCAUUGCACCCUAGCUUUAUGCUGUUACAAGAAGCCAAAUAGCUCGAGCAAUUGUCCUACCGCCCCGCUUUGCCCUUUUUGUCGGAGCAGCAUUACUCAACUACACGUGGCAAAGAUCAAGGUGACUGAUAAUGCAGAACCUGAAAUUAAUUCAUCAAAACUAAGGCGGUCGAGAAAGUCAAAUUUCAGUGAGGGCAGUAGUAGCUUCAAGAGCUUAUCAGCUUUGGGGUCGUUUGGGAAGAUUGGUGGCCAUAGUACAGGAAGAUUUCCAGUUGAAUGUGACGAGGAGGUUGAUAAGAGUUUCUAAAUGACAUCUUCUCCUUGGGGUCUUGUUCGAGCAAAGCGGAUUAUCCAGUCAAUGUAAGAGUCUUGGAUAUGGAAAAACAGCAAUGGUUCUGUUUUAAAAAUCUACUUGAAUGCCUAAGAAGCAUGGCUACAAGUGUCGUUGCGAUUUCAAUUAUCUUGAGUAAGUAUAAGGUGGUCGAAUCUGUCGUUCGUCGUUUUCUUACUGAAGCUGCAGCAAGUUACUAUUUCUGAGUCGUAUGCUUGCUGAGUACUUUUUAUGGUUUUGAGUUCUAAUAAAGCUUCAUAAAUUGCUCAUUUAUUUAA